GCAUACUGGUAACUUGCUGACAAGCCGACAGUCAACGCUCACAUACGUCCAUUCAUACGCGCCAGUGUGCAUCUGGCGUUCCAAAGAGAGUAGAGUCGUCACCUCGACUACCUGAACUCCAUUACGUGUUCCAUGUCCUCAGCCGAUUUACGUCUCCGACAACGAUUUCUUUUGUUUUCUGUUGAUGUCGGAGUCAGCGAUAUGACACAACGUGAGAAUCUCUGCACUCAUCCUCAGCAAUUACGUCUGAAGGUGGCUGGACAUCAAACAACUCUCAAUCGUGAAAACUGAUAGGGAAAACGAGUCAGUUCCUUCAUAUCGUUGGCAGGAAAGUUGAUGGUUCGUCACGCUUCAUCCACGACUAAUUAACAUCCUACUGGGACCCCAUGUAUGUCUGGAACGUGCUUUACAUUUGGUGGUAAAAGCAGUUUUCGGAUUUGAACAGUAGGUAUCUAUCCAGCUGCCCGAGAAAGCCAAGCAUAGCGUAAAACGGAACUCGCAAGACGUCUGAGCCUCGGAGGCAGGAAAGAUACGAAUUAUGACAGCUCGUCGUCCACGAUGACGCGAGGGGGCACAGCCCAGCGACGUAGCGAUAGUAACGGUAAUCCUAGGUCUGCCAUGUCAGCUGUUGAGUAACAAGUCGCAGCCACAUUCCCCCGAGGUGUUGAUAUUGGGAAUUAACAAGUUUAGUGUUGUCACCCGUGUAGACUCCUCUCGCCGUGUUUCCACAUUCCACUUGACUCCACACACGAGCAGGCGACAGUGAAGCAGACGACAGUUUGAGUUGACUUGGGAGACAGUAGCAGAAACUGUGUGUGACUCGUGUAGGCACAUCUGAGUGAAGUAUUUAUACUCUUCAGGUUCACCCGUCAACCCCCAGCUCUGGGUAACGCGCUGGUAAAUAACGGUAGGGAUAUGUGAAUGGGGUCAUUGAGCCGUGCGAGUCCAGAACGCCAAACACAGUUAGUAGCAAGAGUCUGUAUCACAGGAACCACAUAGAGGGCGGUACCAAGAACAUACUGGAGGCAGAAAGGAUACACGAUAACACUGGUCAUUUUUCAGAAGGAUUAACUACGCAUCGCACAGUGCAUGCAUGGGUGUUUAUUUCAACAGACCUCAGCUGAAACGCGAAAUUUGAACUUGUUUACAAUUAAGAUAUAUUUCCGUCGUCCGGAGAAAGGCCACUUAAGGAGAGCCACCGCCCAGUAUGGAGUCCUAACGGUUUUACUCAGAGUUAACGCUGAAGAAACGUUGCUAUGCAACUGCUCAUCAGCACCGUGGCUCUAUAAGAAUAGACCGUACGUGCGCCAAUCGGGUGAGGAUUGAGUGUGACGUCACCGACUUGUGUGUACAAUGCCUCCACCGCUCAAAGCGUCCGUGGCCACGACUACUCCAGCCAAUGCUGGCAAAGGCACGACAUCGUCAGGCCGCGGAAUCACCGGCGUUCAGUCGGACCGGACAGCUCACGCGGGAGGAAAUACCGCAUCUAAAACGCUGAACUCUUCAAGCCUGAAAGGAAGUGGGAGCCGGCCCACGGGGGUGCGAGUAAGUGCCACUACCGGCGGCGGCCCCUCCCCCAAAAUUCCAGCCAAAAACAUGGGGAACGGUGCCAGCGCCACACAGGUGGUCAUCGAUGGGGAAACCCUGGACUUGGUCAAAAUCAAGUUGCUCAUCCCGUCCAUGAGAUCGGAUCUCAAAGACAAGGACGUGAAACUGGCUGUAUAUGAGAAGGAAAUUAAGGAGAAGAAUAGGGCGAUAAAAGAGAAGAACUCUGAGAUUCAGAAAUUAAAAGAAGAAGUGCACAAACUGAAAUCUGUGUUACAGUUGAAGGUGGUCAAUGAGGAUGGCCGUCCGGAUAUAUUGGCGACAAUUCAGGAGGGACCUGCCGCCUCGGAAACCAGGUCCAAAAAGCAAGGCGUGUCUGGGGAGAGCCCUAUGGCAUCUCAGGGAAUUAUUGAACUCAAGCACUUCGAGAAAGACUUUAGAUCAAAGCAGCUUAUCAAAGAUGCUAUUCUUGACAACGAUUUUCUCAAGAAUCUGGAUGCAACGCAAGUUCGAGAAAUCGUUGAUUGUAUGUACGAGAAGAAAAUAUGUCGGGGUCAGCACAUCAUACAAGAAGGAGAAUCGGGACAGCAUCUGUAUGUCUCUGCAGAGGGAGAGCUGGAGGUUCAGAAGGAGGGGCAGACGCUGGGCAGGAUGACGCCGGGACGGGCGUUCGGAGAGCUUGCCAUCCUCUACAACUGUACCAGGACCGCUUCUGUCAAGGCGGUGGUUGAUGUGAAGGUGUGGGUGCUGGAUCGCCGGAUCUUCCAGGCUAUCAUGAUGAAGACUGGACUUCAGAGACGAGAAGAGAGCACCAGGUUCCUCAGAAGUGUGCCUUUACUGAAGAAUCUGCAGGUCGACAAGCUUGCCAAAAUUGCUGAUGUCUUGGAGAUUGACUUCUUCCACGAGGGAGAGUACAUCAUCCGGGAGGGGGCCAACGGGGACACAUUCUUCAUCAUCAACAAGGGGGAGGUGAAGGUCACGCAGAAAAUACAAGGUUAUAAUGACCCUCGAGAAAUCCGUCGUUUGAAACGUGGUGACUACUUUGGUGAAAAAGCAUUAUUAAGCGAGGACUGCCGGACAGCUAGUGUGAUAGCCCAGGCCCCUGGAGUCGAGUGUCUUACUGUAGAUCGAGAGUCUUUCACCCAACUUAUAGGUGACGUGAAUGAACUGAAGAAUCGGGACUAUGGAGAUGAAGCCCGCGGUGCUCAAAGGAUUUCAAGCAUCGCCAAGCCAAUAAAAGAACAUCAACGAUCAGGUGUAGUUCGUAUGGAGAAAGUUAACACAAAACAGAGCGGGACUGAGGCCUCACUACAGACGCUGCAGCAAGAGAAGGUGGAUGCAGAAUUCCGCCACGUCAAAUUAGAAGAUAUUGACAUCAUAGCCACACUUGGCAUGGGUGGAUUUGGGCGUGUUGAAUUGGUUCAGCUGGCCGGAGACAGAAGCAAGACGUUUGCGUUGAAGUGCCUUAAGAAACAGCAUAUCAUGGACACUCGGCAACAGGAGCAUGUGUUCUCUGAGAAGAAGAUCAUGAUGGAGGCCACCACGCCAUUCAUAACAAGAUUGUUCAAGACGUUCAAGGACAGGAAGUAUGUGUACAUGCUGAUGGAGGUGUGUCUGGGUGGAGAGCUGUGGACGAUCCUCAGAGACAGGGGGAGUUUUGAUGACAACAUGGCAAGGUUCUGUGUGGCGUGUGUCUUGGAGGCAUUCCAGUACCUACAUUACAAGGGCAUCAUCUACCGAGAUCUGAAACCUGAGAACUUACUACUUGACUCGAAAGGCUACAUUAAACUGGUUGACUUUGGGUUUGCCAAGAAAGUUGGCUCGGGUAAGAAGACCUGGACGUUCUGCGGUACACCUGAAUAUGUGGCCCCUGAAAUCAUCCUGAACAAGGGCCAUGACCACGCUGUGGAUUACUGGUCCCUAGGGAUUCUCAUGUUUGAGCUGCUGACAGGAAGCCCGCCUUUCUCUGGCUCAGACCCAAUGAAGACUUACAAUGUGAUAUUAAAGGGCAUUGAUGUGAUUGAAUUUCCACGAAAGAUUGGACGAAAUGCCCAUACACUCAUCAAGAAGUUGUGUCGGGAAAACCCGGCGGAAAGACUAGGUUAUGGCAAAAACGGAAUAAUGGAGAUUAAGAAACACAAGUGGUUCCAAGGCUUCGACUGGGAUGGUUUGAGCAAAUACUCAAUGGUACCUCCAAUUGUUCCCAAGAUCAAAAGUCCGUGUGACUUCAGCAACUUCGACAACUACCCCGCCGACAUGGACAUUCCACCAGAUGAAAACUCAGGCUGGGACGCCAGCUUCUAGAUCACUUGCCACCAUCCUGUCCAUCGCCAUCAUCGCCAUCUUCAUCGUCAGAGCGUCAUGUACAGACUUCACUUCUCGCCAUCACCUCAUGCCUUCUCACGCCAUCAGCAGCACUACAUUAUGCAGUCACAUGACAGAGCGCACGUCACAUUACCUGCCAUGUCACAUGAGAGGGGUCAGUUGCAUCACAUGAUCUGCCUUGUUUGUUGUCACAUGGUAGGAAAGCCAUCAUUGCUGUGUGCCUGGAUACAAUCAAGUAUUAGUGAGGACUUCUUCACCAUCAUAUUGUUAUGAAAGUUGUGUACAUCUGAAUCUGUAGCUUGGCCAAUUCUUGAUCUGUAGAUGUAUUGGAUGUAUGACAGAACCUGGGCUACAUUCUAAUAGGAGUAGGUGCUGCUUAUGUUGGUACUGGUGGGUGCAACAUCACUAGAUAUAGAUUGAUUGAUGUAGGUGGUAAAUUCCCUGCACUGAUGUAGGUGUAUGCAGAAUAAACUCCCUGCACUGUGAGAGUUGCUGGAUAAAUUCCAUGCACUGUGACAGUUGCUGGGUAAAUUCCUUGCACCGUGAGAGUUGCUGGAUGUAUUCCCUGCACUGUGACAGUUGCUGGGUAAAUUCCUUGCACUGAUGUAGAUAUAUGCUGGGUAAAUUCCCUGCACUGAUGUAGGUGUAUGCUGAAUAAACUCCCUGCACUGUGAGAGUUGCUGGAUAAAUUCCAUGCACUGUGAGAGUUGCUGGGUAAAUUCCUUGCACUGUGAGAGUUGCUGGAUGUAUUCCCUGCACUGUGACAGUUGCUGGGUAAAUUCCCUUCGCUGAUGUAGAUAUAUGCUGGGUAAAUUCCCUGCACUGAUGUAGGUGUAUGCUGAAUAAACUCCCUGCACUGUGAGAGUUGCUGGAUGUAUUCCCUGCACUGUGAGAGUUGCUGGGUAAAUUCCUUGCACUGUGAGAGUUGCUGGAUGUAUUCCCUGCACUGUGACAGUUGCUGGGUAAAUUCCCUGCGCUGAUGUAGAUAUAUGCUGGGUAAAUUCCCUGCACUGAUGUAGGUGUAUGCUGAAUAAACUCCCUGCACUGUGAGAGUUGCUGGAUGUAUUCCCUGCACUGUGAGAGUUGCUGAUCUCAUAGCAUAAUCAUAAACUCCUUGAUAUGAUCUCAGCUCAUUCCUUUCUUCACACAACAAACGACCUGGAUAGUAGGGGAGGUAACUGAAGGAGACAGUUAUGUUAAGUUGUAGAAGGGCUAUUGCCAUACAUUGGGAGGAUAGGGGCUGUAGUGGGUGCUAGCACAUUCCACAACAUUCACAUGUCAAUGUUGAAUUUAGAAAGUGCUGGUAUUUUCGUAGUAUUUUUCAUUUUGGAAUAUUCAAUACUGAUGUUCUCUUGUAAGAAAGAUACAUCCACAACUGUCCAAAUAACAGCAUUCAUCUUUUUUUUGCUGAUGUGAUUGCAGAAAUUCUGUGUGCUCAUCCUUUUCAAAUGUCUGUUAAACAUGCCAAAACUGCCAACAAUCUUCCAUUUCUUACCAGAGUAUCACUAGAGAUUCAAUCAUCAGCAGGGACAAAUGUAAUGUUUUAUGAGACUCAACAAUUACACUGACAACUGCAUAUUUCAUUGAAAAAUAAUGAUGAGUUUUGGUUCCAUAUUAGGUUAUUGUUUUUUUUGCCAGAACACUGUUUGAACCUGUUUUCUGCUUUCCAACAUGUCAACCAACAUGUUACCAUCCACCUGACAUGCAGAGUUAUCUCCCAUGCUCAAUCGCAUUUAGAGUAGUCUGCCCAUAUUUCCAGUGAUCCUGGAUCCUGGAUGAUUCUCAAGUAAAACAGUGUAUGCAAGUAAUGACAGCCUGAGGAUGGCAUUUCUUCAGGAGCUACUGAUAUUAUGGAAUUUUUUGAAUAUUUGGAUAUUUCUAGUAAAGUAUUACACUUUAGAAAUAUAACAUUAGCCACAUAUUAGCAAAUGUACACAUGUAUGGUUCUUUCCUACAAAUCAAGUUCUCCCAUGGAUGUCAUGAUCAGCAUUAGCAGAAUGACAAACUCAGGUUUAGAUAUAGCUGUUACCAGUUACCUUGUCAUGUCACUUUUUUGUACCUGUUAAAGAUGGGACCUGCUUCUCUGUUGGCUGAGGAAGCAGGGUACCAUGAUCAAUGUGGGACCGCCAUGUUGUUCAGUGUCACAUAAAGCGAUCGACAUUUAUUAGAAUUUGAAUAAAAAAUAUAAAAAUACCACACCACACCACACCACACCACACCCCACCACACCACACCACACCACACACACACACACACACACACACACACACACACACACACACACACACACACACACACAAACACACACAUCUAAAGAAAUCUACAUGGUAUGGCUUGGAUUAGUAUGAAUAUAGCAUAGAAGCUCCAGUAUUGACAAUACUCUCAAGUCUGCCAUGCUUGCUUGGAUACGACAUGUUGGUUAUAUAUCACUCUAGUGUUUGUUAUGAAUGAUGUACUGUUUAUCAUAUCUGAUAUUAUUUUUCCUGUGAUAUUGUUGUUAAUGGUGUUUAUUGUGAUACAGAUUUGAUGACAGGGGUCAUGUAUUACUACAUGUCACAGCCUCUCCACGUUGUACACACACAGUUCCUUGUUUGUCUAGACAUCAUGGACACAGUGAGAUAUACAGACCAUGUCCAUCACAACCUGUAAUUGUUGCUGGGUUGUGGGGAGGGGUAGGAAUGUAUGUCUGUAUCAGCAAUUAUUCUCAGGAAUGAUCAAUCAACCUAAACUUAUAAUAUACUAUUUAAAGAAGUUAAAGAACACCCAUGACAGAUUAACUAUAGUCAUUUGAAAACGUACACUCUCAUAUCUGUCUGUGACUGACUUCAGUGUUGAUAUGAUAGAAUUUUCAUGCCAGUACUUUCAGAUUGUUAUUAUUGUUUUACUGAUAGAUAUAUAUGGAUACAACUAACUCAUGAUGGAGCAUUUUUGAAGGUGAUCUUUUGUAAUGCUGUAAAUAUGCUGUCUUGCAUUUUUUCUGAUAAUUAAAAGAUAAGUCUAAAUUUUUUAAACCUUGUUUUUAGUUUGAAUAGCUGGAACCUUACAGAUUUUUGUUCUGUUUGUUAUUACAGUCUUGUUAACAUGGUGUACCAUAUUCUGUAUGCUGAUAUAUGAAUACCAGCAUACUGAUGUGUGUAUAUGUGUAUGUUCAUAUAAGAGUACUCAUAUGCUGAUUUUUUUAUAUACUCACUGCCAAAAGAAACAUGAAUACCAUACAUGUUGGUUGAUAUAUGAAGAAUUACUCCUAUUCAAGAGUUAUUAGAUUGGUUUCCAUACAUAAACGAAACAUCUCUCCUUAAUGUAUGUACUUCUCUAUGUGUGUCUAUGGGUCGUGUUUCUGUUGGCGGUGAGUAUAUAUGCUAAUACGUGUAUGUGUGUAUGUUAAUAUCAGAGUACACAUUGGCUGAUAUGUAAUACUGAUAUAUGCGUCCACAAUUACUGUGUGCGCAGGUGGUGACAUGGCCUAGUUGUGUAUUGUUGCAUGGUGAUAGGCCAUCUGUUUACAUAUAUAUACAUAUAGUUGACAUAAUUUUAGGUAUAUUUUGUUUCAGUGUCUUUACUUCUGAUUCCAGAUGCAAUUACUUAUGGGUAUGAUUUAAUGAGUUUUGUAAACACAUUUAGAUAUUGGGUUAUCUGUUGUGUUGCUGUAGAACUAGUGGAUCGUCAUAGUCUAGGUGCUGGUGUAUCUCAUUGUCGUAACAUUUACCUCACAUAUUCAGUUCAUGAAAGAUAUUGUGAGUCUCAAGGGUGAAGACUAUUUGUUUAUGUUUGUGUGGAAGUACAGACAUGUCAGGAACACUAAGUUGCACAUCUUAUAAUGUUGAGAUCUUUCUUUUUGCCUAGCACACACUAACAGUAUAGAUACUAACAAGCAACUAGUUCCGAUCCCAUGCAUGAGAAUAAGGGAUAUCCCAACCGACUACCUGAGUCAUGGUACCAUAUGCAUCACAAGACACAGCUUUGAGAGACCUCCCUUGGUGGUAGUUCAGUAUUGAAGCAUAUUAACAACUAGAAGAAAUUUAUAUGAAACAAACUGAUCAAAAAAUUCAAUGUUAUAUAUUUGUUUGAAUCUGUGUUGUUUUGCCCUAGUACUUCUUCUACUGGAUAUGACUUUUUCUGCUCUGUCUGAAGAAUAUAUAAGUUUUCAAGCCUUUCUGCGCCAAUAAGUUAUCAGUUUGGUGUAUCAUUGAAUAAAAGAAUUAUCCCACUCAUUAAGAUUGAAUAAAAUACUAUAACCCAGAGGAAGUAUCUGUUCAGAUUAUAGUGACAUAGUACAUACAGUGUUUGACACUGACCAAAAUAUGUGAGCAUGCGUAAUUGGAAUGAAGAAGGUAACCACUGUACCACGCAGGCUUGUUUAGGAUGUCGGUGUUGAUCUAUCAUACAAACUAAAAUUGCUUUACUCAUGCUCAAAAAAACACUAGACAACCGGACCAGCAUGUAUUUAAUUUUACUGGCCCUUAAGGAAAUGUACUAGACUCGGACCAGCAGACCAGUGAUAGUGUCGAACACUGCUGUCAUAGUAUACAUAUUGUGUGAUCUUGGACUUUGGACCAUUUCUGUAAUCUCAAACAUAAACAUCACUUGCUAGUACAAUCCAUACUUAGAUGACAAUGUUGGCAUCAUUCUCUAACAAUACAUACCCAGGUGACUAUCUCUGCAUCAUUCUCAAAAUGCAUACAACAGUGACCAUCUCAGUGACCAUCUUGGCAUCAUUCCCUCACAAUCCAAACCUAGCUGACCAUCUUGGCAUCAUUCUCUAACAAUCCAAACCUAGCUGACCAUCUUGGCAUCAUUCCCUCACAAUCCAAACCUAGCUGACCAUCUUGGCAUCAUUCCCUAACAAUCCAAACCUAGCUGACCAUCUUGGCAUCAUUCUCUAACAAUCCAAACCUAGCUGACCAUCUUGGCAUCAUUGUCCUAGUGGCCAUCUUGGUAUCAUUCUCUAACAAUCCAAACCUAGCUGACCAUCUUGGCAUCAUUCCCUAACAAUCCAAACCUAGCUGACCAUCUUGGCAUCAUUCUCUAACAAUCCAAACCUAGCUGACCAUCUUGGCAUCAUUCUCCUACUUGGCCAUCUUGGUAUCAUUCCCAAACAAUCCAAACCUAGCUGACCAUCUUGGCAUCAUUCUCCUACGUGGCCAUCUUGGUACCAUUCCCUAACUAUCCAAACCUAGCUGACCAUCUUGGUAUCAUUCCCUAACACUCCAAAGCUAGGUGACCAUCUUGGCAUCAUUGUCCUAGUGGCCAUCUUGGUAUCAUUCUCCUAGGUUGCCAUCUUGGUAUCAUUCUCCUAGGUUCCCAUCUUGGUAUCAUUCUCCUAGCUGACCAUCUUGGUAUCAUUCUCCUAGCUGACCAUCUUGGUAUCAUAUUGCUAGGUGGCCAUCUUGGUAUCAUUCUCUUACGUGGCCAUUUUGGUAUCAUUCUCCUAGGUGGCCACCUUGGUAUCUCUCCUUGAAGACCAUUUUGGCAUCAUUAUCUGACACAGUCCAUACCUUGUUGACCAUCUUUGCAUCAUUUAUUCUACAUGGCAAAUUUGAUAUCUGUGUCUGCAUUACCUUAUUACAUGGACGCAUAAAUGACUGUGUAUCUUAUCCUCAGUAAUAUCUUCUCUUAAACAUAGGUAGGUUAUAUAGUAUAGACCUUAUUACUGGGUAUUUGUAGAUCAAACAAGAAGUUCAUUUGUAAGACAAUCUUCUCUUCCAUUUUCUCUUCCUCCCCCUCACCUAGACUAGAGUAUGCAUCACAUGUAGAAGUGUUUCACAUCCCUCAGCAGUGUUAUAUUGGAGUGUAUUGAUUAUCCAGAUGUGGAAUAAUACAGACAGUGUUAUGGUGUUAUGUAGCUGUUGAAUAAUGCCAGUGGUGUAAAAGUGGAGCAUGGGAAAGUAGCUCAAUUUAAUAUUUUGGUAGCAUUAUAUCAGUUUCAUAUCUUGAUAUUUACCUAAGUAUUCAUAUCUUGAUAUGUACCUAAGUAUUUAUAUCUGGAUAUGUACUUAACUAUUCAUAUCUGGAUAUGUACGUAACUAUUCAUAUCUGGCAAUUACAUAACACAUAUCAAAAUAUCCACACACUUAUGUGGUAUUUUCUGAAAUAUACAUUCCAUAUCACAUUGUAUUACGCUACCAGUUUUUUUAAAAGCGCUUUGUUUAAGGAUUGGGGUAAGAAACUUCCAUAUGUUCAUGUAAGAGAAACUAUGAUUACUGAAACAAAUCUACAAAAAACAAGUAACAUUGGUGAACUCUUGAUCACACCUAUCAGUUCAUGGCUGUAUUAUCACACACCUCUAGUGUUGUGUUGAAUGGAGCCAGCUGAGCACUGUACCACUUUGUUGUAGGAACCUAUGCAAUGUAGUUAGUCAAUGGAUACAGGUGUACAGGGAUUAUCAGCAUUAUGUGUUGGGUAUUGUCCGCUGUGUGUGCUUCUUUAUGGUUCGAAACAUUUGGAUUCCUUCACAGAGAGCAUUUCCCUCUCUGGUUUGGUGAUACGUUCUUCCCACUAGGAGGUAUGGCUUGAGGACUGCUUUCCUUUCAUGAGGGGAGAAACACAUGCAACUGUGGCUAGGUAGGCCACAUGGAGGCUUUGAAACACUUCUAAUGACAACAUUGUAAUUGUAGUCAGACUGGAUCACAUGAUCAAGUCAUGUGACCUGUGACCUGAAAGCUGAACUGUGACCUAGCCACAUCCAGAUUAUAUUUUUAUAUUACAAGGCUACUGCUAGUCUUUGAUUGCAUCAUGUUAGAUUGAAUAAAUCUGUUGACAUAUUCAUAUUAAA